CCUAAAGGGAAAAGAGUGAGAGUGGGCUUUACAACGAUGAAGUGAGAUCUUCAACCUUUGUGCCGGUCUAGAAGGCGAGAAGACCGGGAUCACAAAGCCCUACUCUCUCUGAACUGCUUUGGUUAUCCUUUUUCUUCUCCAAUCAUAUCUCAAACUUCACUGCUUCCCUUCUGCUUAAGCUCUUCACUUCAUUUCUUCCAUUUCUUCAUAAUGCCCAAUAUAUAAAAAACUCUUUUCAAUCUGUAGAUUAUCUUCUCCGUAGACAAAGCUGCACUCCAACGAUUGGCCAACGGAGCGCCAGAGCCAGCGGGAGAGUGGUUUGCGUAGUCUCUGUAACUGUUUGAUUCACACUCACUCAGAUGGAUAGGUACCAGAGGAUUGAGAAGCCUAAGGCGGAAACGCCAAUAAAUGAGAAUGAGAUUCGCAUUACCACUCAGGGCAGGAUGAGAAAUUAUAUUACCUAUGCCACCACUCUCCUCCAGGAGAAAGGGUCCAACGAAAUAAUUCUUAAAGCCAUGGGCAGAGCUAUAAACAAGACAGUGAUGAUCGCAGAGUUAAUUAAGAGAAGAAUUGUUGGUCUGCAUCAGAACACUGCUAUUGAAUCAACUGAUAUAACUGACAUGUGGGAGCCACUGGAAGAAGGCCUUCUUCCUCUUGAGACUACUCGACAUGUUUCAAUGAUCACAAUCACUUUUUCAAAGAAGGAGCUGGAUACAUCCUCCACAGGAUAUCAACCUCCUCUUCCAGUUGAUCAAGUGAAGCCAUUGAAUGAAUUUGAAGAUGAAGGAGAAGGCUCGCCAAUAAUACGAGGAAGAGGACGUGGGAGUUGGGGAAGAGGAAGGGGCAGAGGGAAUUACAAUGUAGGAGAUUAUAAUGGUGAUGGUUGGGAUGGUGGGCGUGGUUAUGGAGGCAGAGGCCGAGGUCGUGGAAGAGGCCGUUUUUUCCGAGGCCGUGGCCGUGGUCGAGGGCGAGGAUUUGGGGGUCAAUCAAGUGGUUACUAUGAUUAUGGUGAAUUUGAUGCUCUGCCUGCCCCUGGUCGCGGUUUUGCAGGGCGUGGUCGUGGCAGGGGAAGGGGCCGUGGGCGUGGUCGUACUUUCAGAUCUGAGGGCCCUGACCAAGCAGGAGCUGCCUGAGCAGCAUCUCUGGGGAAACUAUAAUAUUAGGUGUGCAGUUGAAAAGUUUUACAUGGAUGCCUGCUCUGCUUUUUGUCUUGGUAAAUUUGGUGAUAAUUUACGGGCAUUGUCCUUAAGUUUAGAGUUUUGAAAGUGUAGAAGCCAUGCUGCUUGCAGUUUUGUCUCUGUGUAGGUUAUGGAGUAGGAUUAUUUUUGUAGUUUAUUAUUGCUGAUCAGAUGUUUAGCAUACUGGGUAAGGUUGUAAAUGUUUUGUUUUCUCCCCCUAUAAAGGAAUGAUAGAGCAGUACAUUCUUUUAUUCUUAAUAACAAAAAUAGAUAUGCUGCAUGCUGAUUUUAA